AUGUCUACUACCCCCGCAAAGCGCGUUGCAAUCAUCACUGGGGCCGCGGAGGGCAUCGGACGCGGAAUCGCGCUUCGACUGGCGAAGGAUGGCUUCGACCUCGGCGUGACAAGCGCACACGGGUCGAAGGUUUGCAUAGUGCUCGGCGACGUCUCCAUUGAGGACGAUGUGCGCAUGCUGGUGGAAACGGUCGUAUCCGAGCUGGGAGGUCUGUACGCGAUGAUUGCGAACGCUGGGCUAGGAGGGACACUUUGCAUCCUCCACGAGACCCCGAACGAAGUUCUCGACAAGCUCAUCAACGUUCACAUUAAGGGGACGUUCUUCAGCUACAAGUACGCCGCGAUGCAGAUGAUCAAGCAGGGAAUAGGCGGGCGCAUCGUCGGCGCUGCGUCGAUCGCCAGCAAGAAGGGCGUCCCCGACCAAGCAAUCUACACUGCUACCAAGUUCGCCGUCCGGGGCUUAACCCAAAGCGCGGCGAUGGACUACGCGAAGUACGGCAUCAACGUCAAUGCCUACGCACCCGGGGCCAUCGACACUAAGCUCCUGGACGCGCUGGACGAGGUCCAGACGGCACGCACCGGCACGCCGCGCGGCACCUUCGCUUCUUCCUUCCCCAACCUUCUCGGAAGGAACGGCCGACCGGAGGACGUCGCGAAGCUCGUGUCGUUCCUUGUUUCAGACGACUCUUCUUUCAUUACCGGUCAAUCGUACCUCAUCGAUGGAGGCUACUGUUUCGAUUAA